AAGGAGGAGUUCCAGCGCGUGGCCGCCGCUUUCUGCUGCCACCAAUCCUCUGCCCUGGAGCUCAUCAAAGCCAAGCAGCGCAAGGAGAGCCGCUUCCAGCUCUUCAUGCAGGAAGCGGAGAGCAACCCGCAGUGCCGGCGGCUGCAGCUGAAGGAUCUGCUGAUCGCUGAGAUGCAGCGCCUCACCAAAUACCCACUGCUGCUCGAGAGCGUGGCCAAGGUCACCGAGGGGGGUUCCCCGGAGCAGGAGAAGCUGCUCCAGGCCCGGGAUCAGUGCCGGGACGUUCUGAGCACAUCCCCCGUUUUCUCCCCGUUUUCCCCCAUUUUUUCCCAUAAACCCCAUUUUUCUCAUUUCCCGUUUUUCCCAUUUUUCCCAUUUUUUCCCCAUUUUCCCAGGGGGUUCCCCGGAGCAGGAGAAGCUGCUCCGAGCCCGGGAUCA